AUGCGUCGGAAAAAAAGAGACCAGAGCAUAGACAGGCUUCCCCAGAAAGACAAACGGACCGCGGCACCGAGCUAUAGGAGGCAUCACUGCACUGGCACUACACAGGGGGAGAAGAGAAACGCGGGCAGGCACGCAGGGGUGCAAUUUUAUUUACGGGCAGCGGCGACGCCGGUCACGCGAACGUUACCUCUCUGGCCAUCGCGGCAUGACCGCGGGGCCGCGGGCGCGCGCUCACGCCGCCAUCUUCGAGGGGCACAGCCCGGGAUUCGCGUCACGACUCGCGAAGCACUUGGGCGCUGCGCCGCGUGGGCGGCGAUCGAUGUGCGUCCAACGCCUGCGUCGCCGAGGACUCCCGAGCGAAUCCGAUCGCAACCGAACCUCACUGCAUCCGCCCUGACCUACUUCGAGCGCACACUGACCUCCUUCUACCAAUGGAGUUCGGAUGCGACGAGAACUACUCCCUUGUAA